AAUGAAAAAGGAGCAACCAAAUAAUUACAAAAGAUAAUUGGAGUAAUAGCAUAAUUCAUUAUUAUAAGUCUAGGGCUAUGCCAAAUUAUAUAAUGUUUGAUGGUGAAGGCAAUUAUGGAAGAAAAUAACUGUAAGGUAAUUUCCAAAAACGAAGUCAUAGAUCACAAAAAUUUGAAAGUUUAAAUAAAUUUACAAUGGAAAGAAGAGGACAAUAUUGAAGAAUAGAAUAAGAAUUAUGAAACUGAAAAUAAGCAAAUCUUACCUAAAAUUUUGAAUUUAAAAGUUAUUUUUAUGUGUUAUAUUAUAAGAAGUCCUAGGAUGUUGAGCCAAUGAAGGUAGCAAUCAGUUUAGGUAGUAUUAUAUUUUUAGAAUUUAAGAACAUCAUAAGAGAUUUGGUAAAUAUAGUAUUAGAUAUUUACAAAAAACUAAUCCUUUUGGAAGUAAGGAUGCUAUGGAAGGUGAUAAAUUUGAAGUAAGUUCAGCGAGAUAUGGCAAAUUCUAUACAAAUGAGAGCGACCAUAAAAAUUUAUUACGAGAAUUUGAUAAUAAAUACUGCGUCAUCCCAGUCUAAUAACCUAUAUUAAAGUAUCAUAGUUUGAAAUCAUCAUUAUUCAAUAAUAAAAAUUAAUGAGAGGAUUUAUAAUACGCUUUGCAUUUGCUGAAUAAGUCUCCAUCCAAUCUCAGACUUAUUUAAAAAGAUCAUACAAGGAAGCUACUGUAGAAAUGGCCACAAAUCCAAUCAAUCCAUAUCACCAAUGGUUUAUCAAAGUAAUCUUAAAUUUUAUAUUUUUAGCUUGAUGGAAAAAGUAUAAAGACUCAUCAACGUAACAUAUUGGCAGUUCCUUCUCCAUAAUUAGCUGCCUGCAUUGCUUCAGAAUUCAAUCGUCAAAAAGAAUACUUAAGUUUCAAACAAAUGCCACUUUUAAUGCUUGCCAGAAAUGCUAUUGAUUUAGAUUACGAUGCAACCAAUAGAGAAUACAUUGAAAAAACUAUUAUAGGUCAUUUAGAAAAAGAUGUUGUUUUGCAUCGUAAAAACCAAAAAUCAUAACUUCUAUAAAUUCAGUAACAAUAAUUGGAUCCCCAAUUAAAACUAUUCAAUUCUAAAUUUGGAAUGGAUAUUUAAUCUAAUGAUGGUGUACAAAUUGGAUCAUUAAGCUAAUAAAAUAUAGUGAAAAUUGAAUCCUUAAUCAGAGGAUUAAAUAAUUGGUAAUUAGUAAGUCUCAGUUCUUAAGCAGGUAUAAAAUUAAUAUAAUUUUAUUAGAUAGUCUAAAAUCAUGUAUAUUGGCAAUUCAACUAUCCUAUGGUUAAGUUGAUUUGGAUAAAGCUUUGUCUCUAUGUGAUAUUGAAAAUUAAUUUAAUAAGAAAAUCAUUGAAAAUGAAAAUCCAUAAGAAUCAGAUAGUGAAGAUAACUUAAUUUCCAUUAAUGUAAAAGCUGCACAACUAUUCUCAUCGCUAAUUUAUUCCUAAAGUAUCCUCUAUUGA